GCAGGAAGCUUGACUCUGUCCGGUUUCCCGUAGCGGUGGCGGAGGGUUCUGCUAUGGAGGGGCUGGGCCCGGGUUCUGGCGCCGUAGGGCGGUUGCUGACGGAGGACGAGAUGGCUGAGGUGAAGAAGGAUGCAUUAGAAAGGAUGCGUCCUUACCUGUGUGAUAAAAUCAUAGCUGAGAGACACUUUGAUUACCUACGUUCAAAGAAAAUACUCACUAGAGAAGACACAGAAGAAAUUUCUUCUCGAUCUUCCAGUAGGAAGAAAACUGGGAAGUUACUGGACUACUUGGCAGAAAACCCAAAGGGACUAGAUGCUCUGAUUGAAUCUAUCAGACGGGAAAGAACACAAAACUUCCUGUUACAAAGGAUAACUGAUGUAGUGUUGAAGGUCAAAAAUGAAAAACUUGAAGCUCUCAAAGGUCUAAGCUGCAGCACCUGUAUGACUUCACUGUACGGAGGAACAAAUAAUCUUUCUAGAUCAUAUUCUGAUGAAUCUAAUUUUUUUGAUAAAACAAAAGACAAAGAAUCUACCCAGAUACAUCACCCGGAGGAAGAUUACAGCACCGCCGCAUUUGUGUCUGCUGUCUCUCUUCAUUCAAUGAAUUUACCAAUUGCAGAGAUGGGAAACACAGAGAAUGCUGUUUUCUCAGCCACCCUUCCAGGGCCUGGAGACCCCGGUGCUCCCCCACUCCCCUCAGAGCUCCAGGCAGAACAGCAAGAACCGUGUAGUAGUUCAAGUGAAAAUUGCUUUCUGCCUUUAAGAUCACGUUCUGUUCAGCCACAGUGAACAUAGUGACUUUUGUCUGUUCAUCCGGAUGGUACUGAAACUCUGUGAUGGCUCGUAAAGGUUAAAGCAAUGUUUUCAAACUGUUAACUACCAAAAUCAGAGGAAACUAUCCAUUUACUGGUUUUAAGGAGUAACUUGUUUUGUUUUGGUUUUUUUUGUUUUGAUAUUUUUUUAAUAAUUUGGUGACUGGAGCUGCUAGAUUUAAUGUUCUCUGGGAGCUUUUUUUCCAAAAGAUCAUGGUAUUAGUAUUAUACGAGCAAAGGGUUAUUUUUUUUUAAACCAGUGUAUUUAAUAUUUCAGUUAGCUGCAGAUACAGAACAUAAGCAGGUUUUUAUUUCUUCCUACAGAAACUAACAAAUUGCUUUUUUUUAAAUGUUUUCUUGACAGCAGAAUUGGGAAACAUGGGUAGGAAAGACAUUGAGUAUUGAAAAAUAACUUCCUGAACUAAAAGCUUAAGCUUACUUACCAAAAAGCUUGAGCUCAUUUACUAAAUUAAAAUUUAUCUUACAGAGAAAUAUUUGCCUUCUGUGUAGAUGUGUGCAGCUCCAUUUGCAAAACAAAACCCAAACUGAAAACCCAGAUCAGUAGUUACACUUGCAGGGUAAGUGAGAUCUUUUAAUUGUCUCAGCUUUAUCCUACUAGUAAAUCAAAAGGCAUUCAGUAUCACAGUGAUUUGAGUUAGCAAAUAUACUUCCACAAAUCUUAGCAUUUUAUUCUUGUGUAUUAGUGACAGAUUUCCAACUUGAUGUGCACUUUAAAUGUAAAUUCUCAUUAGUACUGGAAGAGGAAUGUAAACUGCUGUAACAGCAUCAUGUGGGCUGUAAGAAAAUAUUACUGUAUAAUGCUAUUAAGGAGCAAAGCUUGUAUGUUUUGUCCCAGUAGGUAAGUAGAGGAGUCCUGCAGCAAGAAAAUACCCAUACCUGAAGGACUCUUAGAAAUGUUGCACUUCAGAUACCUACUCUUCAAAGCAGGUAGAUGGGUUUACAUUUCAAAUUGUUUAGAGUCAAAUGCAUUUUAAACUAUUUCAACAUGGGAAGGUUCUCAUUUCUUAAUACAGUAUAACAUGCUUUAUUCCUCUCACAUUCUACUCUUGUCAGCUUGUUUCAAAGUUGGCCUAUAAUAACUUUAAAAUUAUUUGGCAAAGACAAACUCAGAUGUGGAAAUGGAUACGGUUGCGUUCUGCAGUACACUUUAAAGUCAUGGGAUGUUUUCAGCAUAUCAAAGGGUAGGUUUCUAUUUAAGGCUUUAAAUUAUUUUGGCUCUCAGGCAGGGCUAUAGCUGUGUAAUUCUAUUCAAAUUCAAACCCAGGUGGUAUUCCUAAACUGUGUUCUCUUGUGGAGACAGACCAUCUGCAGGACCCCAAUGCAGCAUCUAUUUUUUUAGUUCAUAAUGUUUACUCUGGUUUUGGAAGUAGGUUAAAAUAAACUGCAGUGUUCAGCUACCCUUCAUACUUAGUAUAUGGAUAGCUUACAUUCAAUAAAGAUGUGGGCUUCUGCUCAGUGUUUAUAAAAAUCCUUGAUUUUCUUCUAUACCUGUAAGUCAUAAGACUGCCUGGAUGGUGAAAAUGCUCUUUAACAAAAGUGCUUGGUUCAGAAGAUACUGUGGGAGUUAAGUGCCUAAAUAUAUAAGCAAAAUUUUUCUCUCUUAACAUGAGAUUAAGGGAGGGCUUAAAUCACCCCUUCCCAUUAACUUGAACUGUAGUUGCAUGUACGUGGUAUGUCUAGAAUUUGAUUUGUCUAAAUACCCACUGUAACCACUUGAAGAGCUGUGCUCAGGUUUGGGUCCCUCCUUGGGUUCUUGUCAGUGGAGGGCAGUGAGCAAGCUUGGCCUUAAGUGAAACAGCAUUAGGUCGCGUGAAGACUGCCUUGCAGAUUGAAAUCCAACCAUCAGGGCACCACAGACAGAUCGCACCUGCACACAGCCCGUAAACCUGGGGCUUUGGAUGAAUGUAUUAUCUUACCAAAUGGUUGUUAAUGUGUUUUUUCUUUUUUAAAAAUUGAAAUAUUUUUAUCACAACUUUUGGAAUAAAUUUUUUGUAUA